AUGAAUGAUGGAUGCACAUGCACCUGCAAUAUUCCAGGAAUACUGAGUUUACACAAUAGCACUGUAAGGAAAGGUAGCGGAACACAAUGCACAACGCUAAACUUGAAUGAGGAGAUGCACGAUCAGAUCGCAUGCGCUUGGGCUAGAGGUUCUCUCAAGGUGUACAAAAAUCCUCUGCCGAAGGAUGUUCAUGAUCCCUACCUACCCAUCACCGACCCCCAAGGUGGAUUAUUCCAAGGACUGCCCAGCAAUGAACCCAUUCAUGUCCUCGUCCGAGUAUAUAUCGUCAAGGCAACUGAUUUGCACCCAGCCGAUCUCAAUGGCAAAGCCGAUCCUUAUAUAGUCAUCAAUCUCGGCAGCAAGAAGACCAAUGAUAAAGAAAAUUACAUCUCGAAGCAGCUGAACCCGGUAUUUGGAAAAUGUUUUGAAUUCGAAGCUACCUUUCCCCAAGAUUCCUUGCUCAAUGUCCAAAUCUACGACUGGGACCUCCUAGGUUCGGAUGAUUUGAUUGGAGAGACUAAAGUCGACCUUGAAAACAGGUUCUACAGCAGGCAUAGGCCUACAUGUGGCUUAGCACAGAAAUACGAGACAUCCGGUCCUAACCAGUGGAGGGAUCCUUUCAAGCCAUCUCAAAUCUUAGCUAAACUAUGCAAAGAUCUGAAACUGGAUGGUCCUUAUAUCAUGCACAACCGUAUUCGAAUUGGAAAUAAAGCUUUUACUUUCCAGGCGGAUGGAGAUGUUGAAGAUAAAUUGAAUGAAGAGCACAUGGCUCUAGCGGUUCUCCAUCGGUGGCAUGAGAUUCCGAAAGCUGAAUACAAGUUGGUUCCAGAGCACGUUGAAACACGCCCUCUGUAUCAUCCAGAUAAGCCUGGCAUAGAGCAGGGCAAACUAGAAAUGUGGGUAGACAUGUUUGCAAUGGAUAUGCCAUUGCCGAAGCCUCCAACAGAUAUAUCACCAAGGAAGCCCAACAGCUACGAACUACGAGUCAUCAUAUGGAAUACGGAUGAUGUAGUUUUGGAAGAUGAUGCUUUCUUCACGGGAGAGAAAAUGUCUGAUAUUUAUGUCAAAGGAUGGCUUAAAGGACCGGAAGAUACACAAUGUACAGAUAUCCAUUACAGGUCACUGACGGGAGAGGGAAAUUUCAAUUGGCGUUUCGUCUACCCUUUCGAUUACCUACCAGCCGAAGAGAAAAUUGUGAUUUCUAGGAAAGAAUCUCUCUUCUCUUGGGAUGAAACAGAAUGCAAGAUUCCUGCAAGGUUAGAACUUCAAGUAUGGGAUGCUGAUCACUUCUCAGCGGAUGAUUUUUUGGGUGCUAUUACUUUGGAUUUGAAUCGUUUCCCACGAGGAGCGAAAUCAUCUAAGCUAUGCACAUUGGAUAUGCUCAAGACAGAUGGUAGUGUACCCCAGAUUUCGCUCUUUAAGCAACGUAGGAUCAAAGGAUGGUGGCCUUUCUUCAUCAAAAAAGAUAAUGAUGAAAUGGAACUCACGGGUAAAGUUGAAGCUGAACUUCAUCUACUAUCAAAGGAAGAAGCCGAGAAAAAUCCUGCUGGCCUUGGCCGAAAUGAACCUGACCCUUUGGACAAGCCACAUCGUCCCGAUUCCACUUUCAUAUGGUUCCUAAAUCCCUUGAAGUCUAUACGGUACAUAAUCUGGCACAAUUACAAGUGGGUUAUCCUGAAGAUGAUACUUUUCGCAGCACUCGUCCUCAUUUUGCUCCUUUUUGUUUACUCCUUCCCUGGAUAUACCAUGAAGAGGAUACUUGGCGCUUGAAAACAACUGCUGCUACAUCAAACGAGAGAUACCUAGUAUUUUGUGCAAGACUUUUUCUUCAAGAAACUUGGGACCUGUGUGCCAUGAUCUUUGAUGAGACAUUAGCUCUGUCUUUCUCUCCUUGAAGAUGGAUGCCACAAAGUCUUUUCUUUCUCAUUUAGGUCCCGACUUGUGAGAGAAAGUAAUCGGAUUAUGGCUCUUUAGCUAUAGCAAUUUAAUUCGUAAUUGACAUGAAAUACGUUUCUGUAGAUUUAUGAUAAAAGGGAAUAUAUUUUGAGAAAAGUUAAUUUGAAAACAAAAUCGCUUUAAAAUUCUGAUUGACGUUACUUUUUAAUUAAAGCAAUCUUUAGUUCUUUUAAGGUAAAUUUAAGUAAAUAUAGCUCCUACAGAAGAAAAGAAUCAGUUUAACUUUUUGUAAUAUAUCAUUACUCAAGAUGGGAAAGGUUUCAUUGAAUCACAUGAUGUUCAUCUGAUCAAUGCUGAUGAAGCAAAUCCCUCUAUCAAGAAACGUACAUUCAAUGAAGAUUCUUCUUUACGAUCAUAUUUUAAAAGACCAAAUCAUUCUGCAUAUAAAUUAACGUUCAUUCUUAAAUGUUUAACAGGAUAACCAGAUAGAUGGUAUAAAUAAAUAACCUUUAAAAUCAAAAUAUAAGUCCAAAGACAAAACAGAAGAAAUAAAAAUUUUCAGUUAGACAUGCAUUGAUUUGCUGAUACAAUUCAGUAUGUUAAUUUUGCAAAUUACAUAGAGAAUUAUAAAUUUAGGAAUUUUACAACUAGUCAACAGUGUAUUAAUUUACUUACUCGUUGCUAAGCAUUUUGUCAUAGCUGCGAUAGAUGGCCCGAGCAUUCUUCAUCUCUAGCUUAGAACAUAUUUAGCUUCAUUUGUUAAAUACGUAAUAUUACGAGCUUUCUUCUUUUAUGUCUAGAUAUGUCCGUCUAUGCUCCAAGAUUCUGGAUGCUUGCCCUCAACAACAGGCUGAUUCUGAACCUGCAUAGGGAAAUAAAUAAUGCUUGUGUAAUGUUUUGUCGCAGUCUGCCUUUCAAAGUAAAUCCCCAGAAAUAAUAUAUUAGGGGUCCAAAACAACAAGAAACUCACUCUUGAUAGCGUCCUUUACCGAAGGCAUUUCUCAAAGAAUUUAUUUUCUGACAACAACACGUAUGUUUCGAAUCUAAUUUUAUAAAAAAAGAACAUGUUCAUAUUAAAAUAAACAUGCAACAUUAUUUCUAGGAUGUAAUGUACCGCAGAACCACUUCGUGGGCUCUUCGUACGUUAUAACACGAAAAAUUCUAAAGAAAGGCCUUCAGGAUGGGAUCGCCACGUAUUUUUAAGAGCUAUAAAUGUUUUCCUUGAUGCAAAGUGUAUUUCUUGUAUCAUUGUUGAAUGUUGUAAAUAUUUACAGAAAACUUGCAAAAAAAGUAUUUCUAUAUGUAUAUAUACAUACAUAUAUAUAUAUAUUUAAAGUCUUUAUCUAUUUACAUACAAAUAUCUACACGUCUAAUGCUCUCCGCACAUCCUUCUUCUACAGCAAUACUUGUACAGACAGCGAAAGGAGAGAAGGACACACUAAAAUUUUGAUCGUGCAUGGUGCAUGUCUUCCUCAACCACGGGAAGGGCUUCAGAUAGCAAAUAUUUAAAUUGCAAUUACCUCUUUUGAAUAUAAUCAGCGAUAGUUUUCUUGGAUCUAAGACAUUUGUAACGCAUAAUCUUUUUUAUUGCAAAAAAAAAAAAAAAAAAUGAAGAAAAGAUAUUAACCUACGUAAUAUCCCAGUACAGCCCUAGGACAUCCUCGUUAAGUCCCCUCCACUGCUUACGGCAUGUUGUGAGGAUUAAAAGUUUUACUUAGUACGUCUUCGGCACAUCUUGACGUAUCUGCUAACACAUCUUCCCGAGUGCUUAACGUGAUAUCGCAGGACAUUUUCAAAAUUCGAAAAUCUGAAUCCCUAGAAGAAUUUAGAAUAAACAUCCUCAGACUGUUUGACAACGGAUGUCCUGCAUGAAAUGCAAUACGAAUAUCCUCAUAAAUUUAAGUCAUGAAGUAGUCAAGACAUCUGGACUAUUAAUAACUCUAAGAAAGCUUCGUGAAUCCUGAAACACCCUCAGUAUCCUUAUAUCGUAAACAUGUUCCAAUUUAACCAAGACAUCCUGUGUUAUAUGGAAAAAGAUCGGAAUAAAAGUUUGAGAUAAAUAUUAUACUGGUUCAAUAAAUUAUAUAUGAUUUUUAAUUAACAAAUGCAUUUUAAAUCUUAGUUUCACUGUGGUUUAAAAAUGUAAUAAAUCCACAACUUUGGUUCCAAUUUAUUGAGAAACAGUUGAAUUAUCAAUUAUCAUGGUCUUGAACCAAAAGAUGUGUUAGCAAAAUCCAAAUUGCAAAACUUCCAAUCACUACAUGCUUUUAUGUAAUGCUAUUUCUUUAUUUGAAAGCAAUUUUUUUUGGGGGGGAAUAAUAUAGUAGCUGAGAAAGUCAAAAAUGGUCGUCUGCAUAUUAGCAGAAAUGUACCUUUAAAUAUAUCAUUCUUCACAGAGUGUGUAGUAAAUUCCAAUUUUGUCUUAACAUUGUAAUAAUAAAGAACUCCCAACCAAUAUGAAACAAACCUAGAUUUAUUACUCCUAUGUUAAUAAACAUUAAUUUGAAGAUCAGGAAAAAUUUCGAGGCUAAAUGAUGUGCAUUUGGGCGGAAUAGGCAUUGUUCCUGUUUUAUGAUAUUUGAUUAGCUUACAGCUUGGACUUUCUAAGUAGGAAAGCACAACUACUGUCUUUUAUUCACAAAGAUAGGAAAUUCAUCCUGUUUGUAUUUUCCAAAAUAUCUAUUCCUUGAGCUGCUCUAAUAAACAGCCACCUAUAUUCUUAAAAAUAAUUUUAUUCUGGAAUAGAACUCUUAAAAUACAUUCAUUCAUUAUUUGGACUCCUUUCUUCAUAUAAGCGGUUUAAGGAAAAGUUUGAGAUAUAGUAUAAUUUCUAGUCUUUUGAAUCCGAAAAAACUUCUCUUCUUUAUUUUCGACAUAAAUUUCCUUUAGCGUGCCAUGUCUUAGAUAUAUUCAUACAAUAUUGAAAGUAGGAUGAAUUUAAAUUCUAUUCUUUUAAAAAAUACUAAAAGCAAUAUAGUACAAUAAAAUACAUAAAUGCAAUAAACACAUUCAUCUUCUUGAAAAUCUCCAUGCAAAGAUGCAUCAAUGUCGCGACUAUCAAGACUUGGAAAUCACCAAUGACAAGUUGCUUAUGCUCAAGAAUAAAGCCUCUAUCAACAAACUCAUUUCGCUAAUUAACUCUUAGAGCUUGGCUUCUGCCUUUCAAAUUCGUUUCAUUUAUGUGGCUCCAAGGCUAGCCAUUGUUUUGUUAAAUUUUAAAAUCAAAUGGUUUGCUCACAACUACGAAUACUUUAAUUUAAAA